ACAACGUUGGUUGGCCUGGACUUUGGAUGGACGUUAAAGACGUGGGCAUCAAGAGAACAAAUCAGAGAUCAUCCACGACUUUUUAGAAUCUUCGACGGCAUGGCGUCUACCGAUCGCAUUUAUGAAUGCGCGCAGAAGCUUCAACAGGCCAAUAAAGGCGGAUUUCAUGUGUUUGAAUCUGAAUUCCGCGAGGUGUUGACCGGUGUAAAAGGUGAUGGGCGUGCCAAACGCAUGGCUUCUCAGACGAUCGCUCGUUAUUUCGUUCAUUUCCCCUCUUUCACCAAAGAAGCCUUAAACGCAAUCUUGGACUUGUGCGAGGACGACGAUCUCAAUAUCCGAAAAUUGGCCAUCAUGGACCUGGCCAAAUUGUCCAAAGACGCUCCCGAGCUUCUGCCCAAGAUCGUGGAUGUGCUUUCACAACUCCUCCAGAGUGACGAACCCUCUGAGCUGAAUGUGAUCGAGAAUUCACUAAUGUCGUUAUUCAGACGGGAUGGCAAAGGCACACUGAUUGGGAUUUUCUCUCAAAUCAAAACGGGAGGAGAGGAGGUCCGUGAGCGCGCCUUGGAUUUCCUGCUCCGAAAAAUCAAAGCCGAUGGAAAUGCUUUGUUAAAUAAAGAAGCCGAGGCGAUUCUUCUCCAAGAAAUCAAGGGCUCUCUUAAAAAUUGCACAGCAGAAGAGUUUCACAUGUUCAUGAAUAUUCUGGACCAAACGAGCAUUCCCAAAAUGCUGAGUGGACAGGCUCAAUUAUUACAAUUGGCCACUUUAAUGGCUGAUAUCGACAAGCCUUUUGACCCCGAGGACACGGAAUGUGUGGGGAAGUUUGUGGAAUGUGCCAAGACUGCCUCCAAAUUUCUUUCGUCUCAAGUGAAAGGCACGGAUUUCUGCUCGUACAUUUGCUUGGAGAUUCUGCCUCAGUUUCACUCGAUUGAAGACGCGAAUGCUCAAUCGCAAAUACUCAAGAUUCUGGCCGAGUGCUCGCAAAACACGGCCUCAUUGAAAGAGCCUUUGAAGGCCACGCAGAACAUAUUUAAGAAGCUUCUAGAUUACGUGCCUUUGCCUCCGGCCGAUGCGGCUGAAAAAGCUGGAAUUGAGACGCCGGAUUUCGAGUUCACCAAGGUGGAAUGCCUGUUGUCCGCGUAUCAUAAUGUUGGCCGCGAAUCGCCCGAAUAUUUGACAGGAAACCCAGAGAGAUUGGAGGACUUCAAGAAACGCCUUACCUACUUUGCCCGUUGCCUCAAAGUAUACAUCAAGAAGCUCAAUGACUUCCUACAACAAUCUGGCAACAAGACCAAGCCCGAACACGCCCUCAAAGCUUUGGCCCUUAAAUGCACAACUAACAUCAACACCCUCAUACUAGAUCUGAUGAGAAACACGCCCAUCUACAAGGCCAAGAUCAGCCUAUCUUGGAUUGAGGAGCGAAAAGUGCCAACCAAGCGGCCGAUUACAGCCGUGACAACGGGAAACGGAGUUCAAGUCAACAAAAAGGCCAGAAAGUCAUUCGACACGUCCGAAAUCCGAUCCAAGGCCAAAUGGCAGGAAAAGGGGGGUAAAGUGUACACUCCCCCGACCGGAAAGUUCAGUUCCAAACACGGACAGUUCGAUGCUAAUGGCAGUAAUGGAGGACGCCGAGGUGGAUCAGGGAGAGGGCGUGGGGGCCGGGGGCGAGGGCGAGGGCGUUUCCGAGGAAGGAAGUCCUAUUGAAGAGCUUGAGAUUGGUUGUUGCGUAGUGCCGUGGUUCGGACCGGAAUGCCAUUUUUGCGUCAAGGACCCCGUUUAGGGCUCCCAUCACAAGCUUUAAAGAGAGUACAAAAUCAAAUUCAAAACCCCUGAAAGGAGUGGCAAAACGUGACCCUGCCUUUCUGGGUCUCGGAACCAGGGCUGCUUUAAAACUCGUUCUUGAUCUUGGGUCUUCACUUCUGUACCCCUUUUCGCUUGAAUUGGAAGCCCUAAAAGAGGUUCGUUCAUCAAGUUAAAUAGCUGAAUUUUUGGUUCGAAACCCAUCGGUAUUGUUUUGCCAGUAUUGAAAACCCGAUCCUACAUUUUUGUAAAAUAACCGUUCAUACCCCAAGGCGUUUUGAGGGUGCUCAUGUUUGAAAUAAAUAACUAAUGCUUCACAUCCAAGAAAAA